AUGUAUUCCUUGUUGUCCCGCACUGCGCUUAGAAGCUCGCGGAAUCUCGCGAGACACUCGUCGACCUUUUCGAGACGGCAGUUUUCUGCUGCCGCCCCGGGCGGCGCCGUUGUCGCGCUCGGUUUGGCCGGAUUUAUCACCUACACUUUUGCCUCUCCGAUUUCGAUGGAGUCGCCUAUCGACAAGGAAAAGCUGGUCGAGAAGGCUGAGAAGCCUGUCGAGACGACUGAGCAUGAUGACGAGAAGGGAGCCUACGACCCGGAAACGGGAGAGAUCAACUGGGAUUGCCCUUGUCUUGGAGGUAUGGCUCACGGGCCUUGUGGAGAGGAGUUCAAGGCCGCUUUCUCGUGCUUUGUCUACUCCAAGGAGGAGCCUAAGGGAAUCGAUUGCAUUGAAAAAUUCAAGGGAAUGCAGGAGUGUUUCAAGAAAUAUCCGGAAGUUUAUGCUGAGGAACUGAGAGAGGAUGACGAAUACGGCCAAGUUCCAGAGGCCCAGGAUACCGCGCAAAAAGCGGAGGUUGCCGUCACGGAGGCUGUCGAAGCUGUUUCUGAGACUGUUUCCGACGUGGCGACGAAGGUUGUCGAGAAAACAGAGGAGUCUGUGGGCCAAAUUGCUGAAAAGACCGACGUUUUGGUCCAGUCACCGCAGGCAGCCGAUCUCUCGCACAAGGUCGCCGACGCCGUCGAGAGCGCUACUGAGGUGCCUGCCAUGGUGAUUGAGGAGACUUUGGAGGGUAAAUAG